AGCUUUCAACACUGUUGUACGACUUGACAGCCAAUCUGGCAACUUCAGUAAAAUUCCAUUUGCAAGCUAAAUAAAAAUUUUAUCGAAAAUACAUCAGAUUGCAGUUGGCGAGGCGAAUUAUUAAUCCGAAAUGUUACAAAACUGCCAGGUCAUUUGGAAGGACUAACUGAACGAGACCAGUUAUUCGGAAGUCGUUCCCGUUGCAGCAGCUAGGUGGUAUCCGAUAUCCGAGAAGUCGAAGGAAACAGAAAAUCAGCAGCCACAGCCGGAGGAACCUUCCCUAGUUCCGCGCAAACGGAUCUGGGGAUUCCCCUGCCGGCAUUGAUGGCCAUGCACUCAUACAUGCGCCAAGGAUCAGGAUCUGAAGGGGGAGCACCCGUAGGUGCUACCCCACCGGACGAGUUGCACGGAUUCCUCAAGGAUAAGCAGGCCUGGGAGCACGCCAUAUCCAUGUACCAGGGCCCCGACCCAUUAGACCAUUGGUACAAUUACAUAUGUUGGUAUGAGAACCACGAGCACAGUGAUCCCGAGCUCAAGUACCGUGAGACUCUGGAGCGAUGUCUUACGGUCUAUGAGCACAACGAGUUCUAUCGCCAGGAUCCGCGCCUGGUGCGUCUGUGGCUGAAGUACAUAGCCAUGCAGACGGACCCGCUGCACUUCUACCAGGUUCUGUACCAACGGGGAACUGGCCGCCAAGUGGCUGCCUUCUACAUUGGCUGGGCUGCCUACUACGAGUCCCGUGAGGACUUCAAGGACGCCGAAGCUGUCUUCAAUCUGGCCUUCCAGGAGAAGGCGCAGAGCAACGCUGAGCUGCAGCAUGCCCACGGCAAGUUCACUUAUGCUAGGUCGCUUUACUUUCAACGCCAACAGGAACAACAGCAGCAGCAGCAGCAACAGCAGCAGCCAGAUCCUUUACAGCAGCUAGCUAACUACACCCAGCAGCAGAUGCCACAGGCUUACGCCCCACCUCGCUCCCAGCCAUAUCAGCAGCAUAUCUACCAGCAAUAUCAUCCCCAGCAGCAGCAGCAGCAGCAGCACCCGGUGCCCCAGCAGCAGCAUCCAGCGGCACAGCAAUCGCAUCCGGCGCCACCACAAUCACAUCCAGCGCCCCAGCAUCAACAUGCAGCGCCACAACAUCCACAUCCAGCUGUCCAACCUCAACACCCAGCUCCACAGCAUCAGCAUCCGUCGCAAGAACACCAGCUAGCCUACCAAGCGCAAUACCACCAGCAACAGGCACGCUUCGAGCAGCACCCGCACCCGGCGCCAGCCCCAGCACAUGUGCCGCCACAACAGCCAGCUCAUCCGCAAUAUGCGCCCGUAGCGGAGCCCCAUUACGCACAAAACCAGCAGCAGGCAUUAAGCCAACAGCAACAACACCAGCCGUACCAGCCACCCUCUCAGCAGAACUCGCCGCAGGCACAGCCGCAUCAGCAUUCCCAGCCACAGCCGGAAGCCGUCAGAAAUGGAAACGGCACAUCGAAUCCAGAGCCCCCCGAACAAACUCCUCCCAAGGCAAGCGACAUAGCCGGAUUGCGAUUGCCGCGAAACUUUUACGCGUACGGACGCAACAACCAUGAAACCUGGAAGCCAGCCCUUACGCUUGAAGAGCCGGACGACCCGACGCGUGUGUGUCGUUACGCAAAGAAUCUGGUGUAUCCUGCAGGAGCUGGAAUAGAGUACAGUCCCGAGGAAAUACUGGCUCGCAAAUACAAGCAGGUGAUGGAGCAAAAAGCGGAGUUGGCGGCACAGCGGCAACAGGAAGCACAGCAAACCCUGUACGAUUCCUACGAAUCGGCGGAGCCUUCCUAUUACAUGACCGCUGUGGAUGGAGCUCUGUACGGACACAAGAACAACAGCGGUCAGGAAAAUGCUGGCGAGGAGGACGAGGACAAUGAGGGGGAGGACGAGGCUGAUGAGGAGGGCGAGGAGGAUGAAGAGUCCGAAGAGGAGGACGAAGAAGAGGAGGAGGAGGAGGAGGACGAGCCAAGUGGACCCUAUACCAAUGGGGUGCAGUUUAGCGCCCAAACAACCUUCGAGCAGGAGAACCGCUCCAUAAAGAUCAAGUUCAAGAAGGAGCCCAGCAACAGCUACAGUGCCUAUACCAUAGAGAACGUCUACCAGCAGCAGCAGCAGCAACAGCAGGAGCAGACGAAGGAGCAGCAGUAUCAGCAUCAGCCGAUAAACCAUAAUCAACCUCCGCCAGAGCCGGCGCCCAUUUCACCCAUUCCCGUCCAGAGGCAUCGCAACGGUAGUCACCAUCACUUCCAUCCGUAUAUGCUGGGUGGCCAGACCUCCACGCCCAAGAGCGAGGCAAACGGCUAUCGCAGGGCCCGCACCAAAGUCAAGCGCAGCUCCUUCCAUCCGGAUCUGUGCAGCAACAGUAAUUCCGCUUCCUCGGCCACCGAUGUAGUCACUGCCAGCGCUACAAAUACGUCUGCAGCUGCUCCCGGAGCCAGCUUCAACGACAACGCCAACUACUCGUUCUCCAGCGCCAGUGCUCUGGACAAUUCCAACAGCUCCCUGGCCUUGGCUGUCGAUCGAUUGAACUUCCGCGAUUCCUCUCAAAAUCCAAUUAACAAAACCCUGCAAACGCACAACAACAACAACAGCACCAGCAACAACAACAACGGGAACAGCACCAUAGCGGAUUUCUCCACAUUCCAGGAGAACUCUUACUUUGCCACCCAGCACGAUACGGAGGCUCAGGAGAGGCGUCUGUCGAAAGCACUAGAAACUAUUGCCCGUCACCUGGCCAAAGAGGCCAUUGAUCCAUUCAACAGCGAACUCUGUCGCGCCUUCCUCACCAAGGUGGACUUCCCAGGCGACCAGGAUGACCACGCUAGCUAUAAGAUUGUGCAAACGCCCCUACCAAAAAUUUCCAACAACCGUCCACUGAACGUCCUCGAGGGUGUCACCUUCAGCAUCGACAAGGAGGUGGGUCGUGGCUCCUACGGAUCGGUUUUCAAGGCCACUGAUUCCCGCACCGGCAAUGUGGUGGCCCUCAAGUACCAGAAGCCACCGAACACGUGGGAGAUAUACAUUUGUGAUCAGGUGCUAAAGCGCAUCAAGGAGCCUGAUGUACUGCCCGGACUUAUGGACAUUUCCACUGCGAUCAUCGCUCCAAAUGCCAGCUUGAUAGCUACGGAGUUCUCUCGCUUCGGCUCCCUGCUGGACAUCAACAACAAGAUCCGUCAGGCCACAACCAAAGUGAUGCACGAGUCGCUGGUGAUGCACUUUUCGGCGCAAAUCUGCAACAUUGUGGACCACCUGCACCGCCAGAAGAUCAUCCAUGCCGACAUCAAGCCGGACAACUUCCUUCUGAUGCGCGUUCCCGACGUGAACAGUCCCCUGCCGUCGCUGAGGUUGAUCGAUUUUGGAUGCGCCAUCGAUAUGUCGCUGUUUCCAGAUGCCGAGCGCACCAAGUUCCGUAAAGUGAUACAAACCGAUGGCUUCACCUGCAUCGAGAUGCAGGAGGGACGCAGCUGGUCGUACGAAACGGAUCUCUUCUGCAUUGCAGCCACGGUGCACGUGAUGCUGUUCGGCGACUACAUGCAGCCGCUGAAGCGGGGCUCCAGCUGGGAGAUCCGUCAGAAGCUACCGCGCUACCUCAAGAAGCACGUAUGGACGAAGUUCUUCGGCGACCUGCUCAACAUGCAGCCGGACAAACUGCCCCAGCUGCAGGAGAUGCGUCUGGUCUUCGAGGAGGAGGCCUACCGCAUGGACUCCGAGCUGCAGAAGCAGAUACGCACUCUCUCCAACAUCCUGCAUCGACGAUAACCAACCUAUUGGACUAUUUCUUAUUGCUUUGCUAUUUUCUUUAUUACAUUUGUACACAACUAUUGAAGCUAGUGCGCUCCUGACCAAGUCACCAUUUAGUUCUUUUGAGAAUCCCCCCUUGAGGAUUGUUAUUUGUACAAAAAAAUCUAUCAAAAACAAAGCCGCGGCGAAGGUCCUCUCUUCUGUUUCGCCUCCCGGCCAAUGAAAACUAUUUAACACUUAAGUUAGGCGCGAUAAAAAUUUGCCUAUUUUAAAUAUUUAAA